AUGAAAAGUUUGGGAAUAAGAGCAAUUCUUCUCGGGUUGACGAUCGGAUGUAGUAUUGGAAUACCAGCAGGCCGACAAUUUCACUUGUACUUUGAUGCUGAUGCCAUUGAAGCGAAACGAAAACAGGCUGAAGAAAAUCAACAGGCUUUUUCUGAAACCGAAGAAACAAAAGAAGAGACGAUUGCAACCAUAACGAAUAAUAGCAAUCUUCCUGUGGAGGUAAAUGAAGCUCCACAAUCAAAUAAUAACGUUUCUUCGGGUACGCCUGUUUCCGUCAUCAAUAAUCAUCAACAAUCUGCUGAUGUUCACAACAAAAUAAUAGAAUCGGAACAAAAAGAUGAAGAAAAAACAACUCGACCUUUCGAAGGUGGCGUUUUCAAUUUGAGAAGAUUUUUCUAG